AGUGCCUCAAACGUCAUCGUGUGACGUUUUGCUGAGUGCAUUUCUUUCUCUCCUCCAUUAACUUUAUUUUCUUUUUAUUGUAUUUGCAUUAUCGUCUCUUCAUUCGACUAUAUUCAGUUCUAAAAUUACUAUGCAUCACUAUCAUAAGUAGUACGUGACCAGAACACACCAUCAAGCUUGUGUUUUCCAAAGAAAGAUAAAAUCUCCGUCCGCUUAAAAAAUAUGGAUGGUCAGGACCAGAUGGAGAUGAAAUUCAGCGGCGGCAGUGAAGUCGGCGGGUUGGAGCUCUGCAUUGUCUGUGGAGAUAGAGCGUCUGGGAGGCACUAUGGAGCUAUCAGUUGUGAAGGUUGCAAAGGCUUCUUCAAGCGGAGCAUCCGCAAGAAGCUGGGCUACCAAUGUCGGGGCAGCAUGAACUGCGAGGUGACCAAGCACCACCGUAACCGCUGCCAGUACUGCAGGCUGCAGAAGUGCCUCGCCUGCGGGAUGCGGAGUGACUCGGUUCAGCAUGAGAGGAAGCCGAUCGUGGACAAGGUGAAGCCCGAGCGCGGCGAGGGUCUCCACGAGCGGCAGGCCUACUCUAAGCUGCUGGGUUUGGCUGGGCAGCAGGGACAGAUAAAUCCAAAAGAAGAGCCGAGCGAAUUCGGUGCGGUGUCGCCCGCAGCGCCUGCGAUCAACUUCGCGCUCGCCGCCGCCGUCGCCUUCAACAAGGGGAACCCAGUGCCGGGCUAUUUGGGCGCCGGCGACAUGGAGGGCGCGCGGCGGCAACAACUCCUCCUGCAGACACAGCUUGCUAAAAACCUUUUCAAGAUGGGACAAUUCGGAGCUAUCAAUGAGUACCUGCAGUCCGCGUACGCGGCCCCGGAGGCGCCUCUCGCGCCCCAAGCUGAUGCUCCACAACCUGAAGUGGUGGACCCUUCAGCAGUCCUCUCAACCCCGGAGUCCCUGACAUUACACAUGGCACUUCCUGGAGGCGCACCGCCCCAUCUAAGACUGCAUGCAGUAUGCGAGGCAGGGGCUAGACUUCUGGCCGCUAUCAGUCGCUGGUUGCUGGCUAUACCUGCUGCGAGGGCUUUACCAUUCGAGAUCCAAGUGACCCUGCUCAAGAAAUGCUGGCCCGAGCUUUUCGUACUAGGGCUGGCCAAGUUGUCGUCAGCAUUGCAGCUGACUGCAUUGCUGCCGCAGAUGGUAGCGCACCUGCAGGCCGUGCUGCGCGAGCGAGCAGGCAACACUGAGUGCGAGAGAGAACGCGGCGCCGAGAUAACUACUGCGGAUUAUUCUGACGAGCGAGUAUCUGAAGUGAGCAGCAUGCUGUCUCGCUUGCAACAAUACAUCGGUAAUAUGGAGCAGCUACGAGUGAGCGAGAGGGAACAUGCCCAUUUGCGAGCGCUAUGCCUGUUUUCACCAGACGGCGCCCCAGACUUCCUAAGCAAGAAGCUUCGCGAGCUCCAAUCGUCCGUGCUUCGCUCGCUGCGCGCUCUCUGCGCCGCCGACGAGGAGCGCUGCGCCACGCUACUGCUGCAGCUGCCCGUGCUGCGAGCCUUCACGGGACCCUUCCUAGAGGACGUGUUCUUCGUCGGCUUCGUCGGCGACGUCAGCAUCGACGACGUCGUGCCGUACUUGCUCAACGCCGAGCGCUGACGUAAUUUCAACGACAUCAAUUUAGCUGAAGGUAAGUGUGUAUUAGCCUAAACUUAUAAAAGAAGUAUUUUUAUAUGUGGAUAUUGUAUAAGUAAAAACUGUCAGUAAAUAUUUGAAGAAUAUUUUAAAUGUUAAUAAAAUACAGUAAAAGAGCAUGCACAAAGCCGUGACGAGUGGCGAAAGACAGGGGAGGCCUUUGCCCAGCAGUGGGACACAGUAUAGGCUAUUAAAAAAAAUACAGUAAAAUCUGUGUGAUUUCUAAUGGUGGAUAUUGCAAUAUAACAAGAUUUGUUUAAUUAAAUCUAUGAUUUUACAAAGAAAAUAUAACGAUUUUAAUGUUUAUAAAUCUUUUACAGCAGCAUUAUUAAGGCUCAAUGCUGAAUUUUAUCAAAGUCAAAAUUAUUCGUGUUAACUUUAUAAUUGGUAAUGUCUGUAUAAAAAUAAUUUUAUAUAUUUGUUCUUUAAUUCGAGAAUAUUUGUUUGAAAUUUAUUUGACGAAAGUUUAUGCAAUACAAAUUUACAGAUUGGUCACUGUGGGGAAGACCGUCUAUAAGCUCUUUUGUCGCUUUUAAGUCUUGCGUUACAAACAUACCGGAUCUACCCUACUUAAGCACUAUUUAUACUCUGUAUCUUUAGGUAUUUAAAUAAAAGUAAACAAAAUCUAGCCUCAAAUGGCUCCUCAAGUCGAACGAAUAAAGAAGAAUAUAGUCAGGUCCUUCAGUGACAGGUUCAGGCGUUUUUGUAUUUGGUUGGUUAACCAAUAAAUGUUACCAACUACCUGAAACUUUACAAAUUAUUUGUUUACUUUUAUUUAAAUACUUAAAAGAUACAGAGUAUAGACGGUUCAAGAUUUUGCAUGCGAUUUACGUUACAUUACAAUUUACAGUAUUUGGUCGGUCGACUGAAUUGCGUACUCUGUAAUCAGCAAUAUCGAACAUUGUAUGCAAGUUCUUGCCCCAUCUAUAUGGGGCUUUACAGAAAGUCGGUAGAGCAGGAGUGAAACUCUAUCUUUAUGACUGUGUUUGAGCGACGUACGUGAGUUGUUACCCUAUGACGGUCUUUCCUGCAAUAAAUUUAAUAUGCCGGUCUUCCCCACAUUGUACUUAUGUCCAGUUUUUUUUUAUAAAUGUGUAGUGGUCACUAUGAUCUCGAGUAUAUUUACUUUAGAAAUGUAAUUUAAGUUUAAAUUCGUCCAUUAGCAAAUGUAAGCUUUAAGAUUGUAAUGUACUUACGUACGUUUAGUUUUAUUCAUAAUUAUGAAUGUUUUAAAAAUUGUGGAAGUUUAUGACCUAAGUGCCUUAAUUAUAAAAGUAUUUGUAAUAAAGUGACUAAUUUUA